AUGCGCUUCACUCCUACUGAAACAAGCCCUGGAGAUACUGCUUUCUGUGAUCAGAGAUCGGCCUCCGUUCACUUUCUGGUGGAACAGUUCCUGGACAUCUCUGCAGUUUCACGCCGUUCCUUCUUUGAGUUGUUGGUCACUUUUGCCACUAAUGAGCUGGAGCGUGAUAAACUUUUGGAGUUCAGCUCCGCUCAGGGUCAGGAUGCGCUUCACUCCUACUGAAACAAGCCCUGGAGGUCAGAGAUUCAGGUACUGGCAGACUUCCCUCAUAACACAGCUGAGAUAAGCAUUGACUGCUUGUUGGAUCUUUUUCCAGAAAUUCAGCCUCGCUCCUUCUCUAUUGCCUCUUUUCUCUUGCAACACCCUAACCGCAUCCACAUCUUGCUUGCUGUGGUGAAAUAUAAAAGCAUAUUUUUUAAGCCACGCAAAGGCCUCUGCUCUUCCUGGCUGGCAUCACUGGAUCCCUAUAAAGGAGAUGUAUACGUACCGCUGUGGGUGAAGGGGAGUUUGAGUUUCCCUCAGGACCCAGACAACCCUGUUAUAAUGGUGGGACCAGGGACUGGUGUGGCUCCCUUCAGAUCUGCCAUACAGGAGAGGGCUGCUCAAGGAAAGAUGGCUAAUGUGCUAUUCUUUGGCUGUCGGUCUGAAUCAAAAGACUUCUACUGUCGAUCAGAAUGGGAGGAGAAGGUGCAGGCGGGCCAGAUGAUCCUUGUCACAGCCUUCUCCAGAGAUCAGGAGGAAAAAAUCUAUGUGCAGCAUCGUGUGAAGGAACAAAGCAAACUUUUAUGGGAUCUGAUAGCAAAGAAGAACGCUUUUUACAUAGCAGGGAAUGGCAAGCAGAUGCCCACAAGUGUAUGUGAUGCACUGAAAGAAGUAUUCCAGAAAGAGGGUGGCAUGUCUGAAAACCAGGCACAGGAGAUGCUGCAUGCCAUGGAGAAAGCCAAACGAUUUCAAAGUGAAACCUGGUCCUGAUCUCUCUAUUAAACCCAUAGCAUUAAU